AUUGAUGUGUAUCGAUUUUUACAUCGUACAUCCCUCAAACAACAAACAAAUUGGUGUUCUCGUAAUGGUGCUUCUUUUCGUUUCAAAACGAAUAUUACAAACAAAAAUAAAGCUCCUCAUUUUAUAACAUUAAGCUAAGUUCUUUUAAUAUACAAUAUGGAGCGCUUAAACUACAAUGGCUCGGAAAAUGAAAGUGAUAAAAUUGUAUCAUCUUCCGAGGAAAUGGCAGUAAUAAGAGGAAUUAAAGAAAAAUUCAAACCAGAAAGCAGGGAGAAUUCACGGAAUAGGAAAAGAGUAAAGUAUCAUAGCAACAGUGAUUCAGAUUCAACCAAAUCUAACCAUCCCUCCAGGAAGCCUAUUGAACUGGAAACAGAUAUAGCAAUUCUUCAAAGACGGCAAAAACAAAUUGACUAUGGAAAAAAUACUGUUGGGUACCACAAUUACCUACAACAAGUGCCAAUGGACAGCCGUACCAAAGACCAUCCAAAAACGCCUGAUAAAUACACUAAAUAUAGCAGAAGAUCAUGGGACACAUUAAUUAAAAUGUGGAGAAAAAAACUACAUGAGUAUGACACAAACAGAUCAAAUGAAAUAGAUGAUAAUGAGGAUGAGGCAGAUUCUGAUGGCAGUUGCACUAAAUAAAUAAAUUUUAAUUGUAGAAAACUGUAAUCAAACCUUUUGGUUAAAUUAUAUUGA